GUAGCCCGGCAGUAGAUGUUGAAAUCCUAGGUUUUUGGCGGGUGAGAACGCGCCCCACUCCUACGCCAGCCGGUGCCAGCCGACUCUUCCCCUCUUCUCCUCUGCGGAAGGAUUAGGGUUGCUUUUCUUGGAGUCGAUGGCUCACAGAUUGCAUCGUUUCCGAGGCCUUUCUGGGGUUCUUUUUCGGCAUUUUCAUUCAGUGUCAAGGAGAAAACUUCCUGAUAAGUUUGCAACCUCUGUUACAUCAAUUCUUGCGGAGAAGAGACAGAAAUAUUGUAGCAACCGACCAAAUUCACAGCUAAUUUUCAGGUGCUUAAUAUUGUCAGAAGCACACCAUGAUUUAGUUUCACAUGAAGAAAUGUUAGCCUUUAUCAAAUCCACAUUUGAUGAACUUCGAGGACCAGAUCAUUGUUGGCUGAAUAAUAUAGAUGGCGGCAUAAAAUCUUUCGAUCAAGAUGGAAUAUUUUUGGUGCUUGUGAAUGCAACCCUUGAUUGUUCUUCGCCACGUAGUCACCAUGAAUGUAUCUUUCCAAUUGAAAGAGUAAAAUUGCUUCAACAGAGGUACCCGAAACUUAAUGUUUUUGCUUUGCAAUGUGGAAGUUCAGUUGAUUCAAUUACUACUCAUACUGAGCUAAUUCAAACUAUCAUGGAGGAGUAUAUCACGUAUCCUGUUUUGGUAUCAGAAAAGAAUUUUGCUAUGAUGACAAAUGGUGCAUGUUACUUGCUAUUUGAUGGAUCUACAAAUCGUCUGUUCCAUAUUAAGCUAGAUGAAGAGUUUGGAACCCUUGCGAAAGCAAUAGAGGAACUCAAUGUGCUACAGAAAGGGAGUGCUCCCACCAUUCAGAACUCAAAGUUUGGUAGAAUGAGGCAACUUGAGGUUAUCAAGGAACCAGAUUUUUGUUCUUUCAGAAAUUUGCUUCUGUACUAUCCAGGAUGUUUAUCUGUGGAUGAAGAUGGAAAUCGCAUUUUUAUUUCGGACAGCAACCAUCAUCGGAUCAUCAUAGCUGAUGCUGAUGGGAAAAUUUUAGAUUGUAUUGGUUCUUCCCCGGGUUUUGAGGAUGGUGAAUUUGGAUCUGCCAAAUUAUUGCGACCUGCUGGUUCUUUCUAUUGCACUGCUGAAAAUUGCCUAUAUUUUGUAGACUCUGAGAAUCAUGCAAUUAGAAGAGCUGAUAUGGAAAAAAGGAUGUUGGAGACUGUGUACCCUGUUUGUGUACAAAAAAAUAGUGGUAUAUGGAGCUGGAUCUUGGAUAAACUUGGACUUGCAAGAGAAAUUGCUCAGAAACCAGAGGAAUGUGAGCUGGAUUUGAUUACUUUUCCUUGGCACUUGAUGAAGAUAGGGGAGGAUGACCUCUUAAUUACAAACCGCAGUUUUGAGACAUCAUGGAUCAUAAGCGUGGCAACUGGUGAGAUCAAAAAUGUUUUAAGAGGUAUUCCCAAUAUCAUGGAAAUAUGGGGGCACACAAUAACGGAGAAAAUGUCACUACUGAAGGAGAUUUAUGAGAAUUGGCCACCAGAGAGACUUCAACAUUCCUUUUCUUUAGAAGGAAUUCCUAAUGCUGGUUUGGUGUCAUCAAUUGCAAACCUUCAGAACUACACAAUUUUUUCUGAUGCAGCUGGUCAGAGGGUUCUGAAGUUUCAUAGGGAAUCACAAUGCGUUUCCUGCUUCCAAUUCUCAAACUUGGGGGUCCUUGGGCUACCAUAUUGGUUGGUAUGCCCUAUUGAGAGAGUUUGUAAUGGUGGAUAUUCAGGCAGGUCAUGGAGUGAGCAUCUUCAUUACUUCAAUGUGCUUCCUGGUAGGUGUGAUAUACAGGUUUACGUAGAUAUCCCACUGGGUACUGAACUGGCAGCACCAUUGGAGGAGAGUUGUAUCUGGCGCCAAGCAAGAGGAUCUGCUGUUGAACUUUCUGGAUCAGAAGGAGAGGGCGCGAGCACUGAGAAGGUUGGUGUUGCACAACAGUGGUUUGAUGAGUUGGAUAACCUUGCCUUCUCAAAACCUGGGUUGGAAGAAGACAUCCAAGAUGAAGAAGUACCUCCAGAUAGAAGCUUCCAAGAUAAGGACAAAGUGCAUUUUGAUUGUGCUGUCAACAUCAGUCCUGGGACUAGUGAGGUGGUUGUUUCUGCGGUUCUCUAUUUGAAGGUAAAGAAAACACAAGACGAUGUGGAAGAACAGAAGAAUGUAGCAAAGAGGAUUCUGGACUACCAGAAGCAUGAAGAUAGGAAAUCAGAGGAUGCUUGCACUGAAUUAGUAUUGAAAACUUGUAGAGACAUGCAGGAUAUGAUAUUCAUGAAACCUUUGCAACUCAGAAUAAGGCUAGAGUGUGGUGACCAUCCAGCUUCUGAAACAAAUAAAGAGACGAUCACCACUGAUUCCAUCAUAAAGAUCAAUAUGUCUUUAGACUAAAUUAUAUAAUUUUUCUUUACUAAGUUAUAUAUUCAAUUUUGAUUUUGCUGCCUCAAUAUUUCCAA